AUGGCGGCGGCGGCGGAGCGGAGCCGCCUCAGUUUCCCGGGCGGCACCGGGGCCCUGGGGCGGCCCGUGCCUAUGAACCUCUUCGCUACUUGGGAGAUCGACGGUUCCAGCCCUAGCUGCGUCCCCAGGUUGUGCAGCUUGACAUUAAAGAAACUGGUAGUCUUAAAGGAAUUGGAUAAGGAGCUUAUUUCUGGGGUCAUUGCUGUCAAAAUGCAGGGCUCCAAGCGCAUCCUGCGGUCUCACGAGAUUGUGUUGCCCCCGAGUGGACAUGUGGAGACGGAGCUUGCGCUGACCUUCUCACUGCAGUACCCUCACUUCUUGAAGAGAGAAGGCAACAAGCUUCAGAUCAUGCUGCAGCGGCGGAAGCGAUACAAGAACCGAACCAUUUUAGGCUACAAGACUCUGGCUGUGGGGUCUAUCAACAUGGCUGAGGUCAUGCAGCACCCAACAGAAGGUGGCCAAGUUCUGAGCCUUUUCAGCAACAUCAAAGAAGCUGCAGUGAAAGUAGCAGAAAUCUGGAUAUUCUCCUUGUCAAGUCAGCCAAUUGACCAUGAAGACAGCACAAUGCAGGCCAGCCAGAAAAUCAAGUCUACAGACAACUAUUCUGAGGAAGAGUACGAGAGCUUCUCUUCUGAGCAGGAGGCCAGUGAUGAUGCCGUACAGGGCCAGGAUUUGGAUGAUGAUGAGUACGAGCUGGGGAAGCCCAAGAAGCAGCGGAGAUCGAUAGUAAGAACGACGUCCAUAACCAGGCAACAAAACUUCAAGCAGAAGGUUGUGGCAUUGCUGAAGAGGUUCAAAGUGUCUGAUGAGGUUCUGGAUUCAGAGCAGGACCCAGCAGAGCAUGUUCCAGAGGUGGAGGAGGACUUGGACCUUCUGUAUGACACGUUGGAUAUAGAGAACCCCAGUGACAGCGGACCAGAAAUGGAGGAUGAUGACAGUGUCUUGAGCACUCCAAAGCCAAAGUUAAAACCUUAUUUUGAAGGACUGUCACACUCCAGCUCUCAGACAGAAAUUGGUAGCAUCCACAGCAUCAGGAGCCAGAGAGAGCCAUCAAGUCCUCAGGUAGAAGUGCCUGAAAAGACAAAGAGUCUUGGAACCAAACAUGCAGGCGACAGUAUUUCUGACACUGUCUCUUAUGAGUCUAACCAGCAAGCUGAGGUCCCCGAAGCUGAACUUCCCACACCAGAUGUGUUUGUUGAGAAGCUCCCACCCAGCGGGAAGAUCACCAAGACAGAGUCCCUCAUUAUCCCAUCCACCAGCAGGUCUGAAGGGAAGCAGACUGGACGUCGGGGAAGGAGUACAUCUCUGAAGGAGAGGCAGCCUGUGAGGCCACAGAAUGAGAGAGCAAACAGUCUGGACAAUGAACGCUCUCCAGACACGCGGCACCACUUACAGAUCCCCAGGAAAACGGUGUAUGACCAACUAAAUCACAUCCUGGUUUCUGAUGACCAGCUGCCAGAAAACAUUAUUCUUGUCAAUACUUCUGACUGGCAAGGCCAGUAUCUGUCAGAUGUUUUGCAAAAGCAUACCUUGCCAGUGGUCUGCACAUGCUCUUCAGCGGAUAUUCAGGCAGCUUUCAGCACUAUUGUCUCCAGGAUACAGAGAUACUGUAACUGCAAUUCGCAGCCUCCAAACCCAAUUAAAAUUGCAGUGGCUGGAGCCCAGAAUUACCUCAGUGCUGUAUUGAGGCUCUUUGUAGAGCAGCUGUCUCACAAAACCCCAGACUGGCUUGGCUACAUGAGAUUUUUGAUCAUCCCUCUAGGCUCUCAUCCAGUGGCCAAAUACCUGGGGUCUGUAGAUUAUAGAUACAACAACUUCUUCCAAGAUCUAGCCUGGAGAGAUCUGUUCAACAAACUUGAAGCACAGACCACUGUUCAAGAAACACCUGAUGUUGUCUCCCGGAUAACGCAGUAUAUAGCAGGUGCAAACUGUGCACACCAGUUGCCCAUUGCUGAAGCAAUGCUGACAUACAAGCAGAAAAGCCCUGAUGAAGAAUCUUCGCAGAAGUUCAUUCCCUUUGUCGGGGUGGUGAAGGUUGGAAUAGUGGAACAAUCUUCAGCAACAUCAGGUGACUCUGAUGACGCAGCUCCCUCAAGCUCCAGUGUCCUUUCUUCUACCCCACCUUCUGUGUCACCUGCUGUGAAAGAAGCCUCCCCCACACCACCUUCCUCACCAUCUGUCACAGGCAGCUUCUCAUCCUCAAGCCAGAGCGUUGGUGCAGAGUUGAUGGGCCUGCAAGUGGAUUACUGGAUUGCAGCUCCACCCAUGGACAGAAAGAGAGACCCCGAGAAGAAGGACCCCUCCACUACCAAAAACACACUGAAAUGCACUUUCCGGUCCCUCCAGGUCAGCAGGUUACCUGCCAGCGGUGAGAUUGCCACCACUCCAACAAUGUCCAUGACUGUUGUGACAAAAGAGAAGAACAAGAAAGUGAUGUUUUUGCCCAAGAAAACAAAAGACAAGGAGAUUGAGUCAAAGAGCCAGUGUAUUGAAGGAAUCAGCAGGUUGAUUUGCACAGCAAAGCAUCAGCAGAACAUGCUGCGCGUCCUCAUCGAUGGGGUGGAGUGGAACGACGUCAAGUUCUUUCAGCUGGCAGCACAGUGGUCCUCUCAUGUCAAGCACUUUCCCAUCUGCAUAUUUGGACACUCCAAAUCUAACUUCUAGCCGUGCUCGGCAGAGGGACCUUCUGUCCGUCCCAGGACUGCACAACAGGAGCCAGGAACUGCGUGCCAACUCUGACUCGCGUCUCUCUGCCCUCUCCUGCAGAAUUAAUUACAGAUGUGCUUGGAUUACUUUCGAAUUACUUUUUUCUAUUAACUCUUAAGUUUACUACAAGGGAAGGAAACCCCUUUAAACAAAGGCAAAAAAACCCCAGUCUUAAAUAUAGAUGUGCUGACAACAUGAAGUCAUGGGGGAGUUGGCAGGAGCAGGCAACCUGCCCAAGAACACCUACCACUUACAAGCAGAUAUCUGAAUAACUGCACUGCUUAUUAACCUUGAAACCUCAUUGGUGUGAAUGGUGUGGGGGAGCCAUGGAUCAGCUCGAGUGGAUUUUGUAGAAGAUCGUGUGGUGCAUUUGGUCCCCUCCCAUUUCUUUCCAGGAAAAAAAAAGAUGGCCAUUCUUUUUUCCUGCUGCCAAAGGAUGAAAGAUCAGCAAGUCUGGAGGGGGUUCAACCAUCCAGCUUGAAAAACAAACCACUUGUGUAGCUAGAGAGGUCUGGGGAGGAGAUCCCAAGUCUGCCAUGGGGACGAGCAGGUGUUUGUGCUGAAGUAAUGCCUGAGGAGAGUUGGACAGGAACUGGAAUUAGCGAAACACUAUGUGUAAGGAAACUCCAGUGUCCCAGAUCUGUGAUGAUGACCAAACCGAGCCAGUCACAAUGUCCCUGCAGCUGGCUGUGCAGCUGAGGCGUGCCGCGUCAGUGGGGUCGCUGCUAUUUACAUACUCACACCGAUUAUUUACCUGUCAAUAAAACCUCGUCCAGCCUCUAAAGGGAAAGGAUUUUUUUAACAGCUGCAGAUUUUUUUUAAUGCUUUCUAAAAAAAUAAUAAUAAUAAAAAAAGAGGGGGGGAAAUAAGUUGCCAAAAAAAAACAAACCCAGGAAGAUGAGCCGUUGUCUGUGCUGUGAUACAUCACUGUCCUGGCUGGAGUGGGAGCCAGCCAGGCGCUCUGCAUGUCCAGCUGCCUUCCUGUCCAUCUGUCAACCUGCACAUGUGAGGUAGCAUGGGCUGCUUUAUCUGCUGCCUUUGUCCUGCCCUGACUGCACUGUGCUCCCCAGAGCCAUCUCCUUCAUGCAGGUCUCCAGGCUGGGUGCAGACUGUCUGGCUUCAGAGCCACUGCAGGAGUGGCAUGCCCUUGAACCACACAGGACCUCUCCUCAUAGAGACUGAGAGACUUUCACAAAAAUGAAGGGUGCUGCGGGUAUGCAGUCUCCCAUGGGCUGUUCUACUGAUGGAUGUUGUCCUUACCUUCUGCUUUCUGAAUAUUCCUUCCCACAGGAAUUUCUCUGUGGAUUGCAUCCCUUCCCCAGCAGGAUAUGCUUUUGCUCUGGAAUAGCAUUGCCUAUGGGUUGAGGCUUUGCCUAGGGGUUUCAGUCGCCUGGUGUAGCGGAAGCUGUAACUGGGACAUGAGAGAGGAUGAAGCCAGCCAGGUUCUCUGCCCACCUCAGGCAGCAAGAUGUCCUGUGAGAUGGAGGAGUGAGAUUCUUGGGUGUCUUGCACCAUUGGCUUGGCUCUGGCUGCACUUGAGUUCAUGUUGUACACCUUGCUGCUGCCAGGGAUACUUGAGGUGCUGAGACAAGGUGGCAGUGUGACAAGUCAUGGGUCUUGGCAGCUCUGGGUCCUGCAGAUGUGGCACUCUGCUCUCCAGGCCUCGUGGGGCAUGCCUAGGAGGGACUGGAAGCAGAUGGGAUGUGGGGAGAACAGUGUGCUUGUGGUGUGGAAGAACAGACACCUCUGAUGUAUCGGGGUAAGGGACUGAAGUUUUUGAUGGGGUCCUUUUGGUUCCCACCCUAGUGGGCAGGGCAGGCCCUAAGAACAUUUCUAGAAGGCACUUUCUGGGGGCAGUAAUGCUUUUGACCCUUUCUUUUCCCCUCCUCCCUUCCCCAUCUGAUCCUGGUUUUAAAGGCUUGGGGGACCUGCUUUACCCUGCCUGGCAAGUCCUGCUCUACAGGGUUCUUUCGGGCAGGACAGUGGUGGUGUGCCCUGUUGGUGAUGAGGAGCAAGAAUUAUUAGGCGAGAGGAUGGUCCCUGCUGGAUCUAGUGCCUAUUGCAGCUCACAGCACAGGCUGCUUCACCAACUCUGAUUUCAUUAAACCCAUUCACAGCACAAGUGCAACCUACUUGGCCAGGGACUGGGUAUUCCCUUCAAACCACACUGUGGAGGAGGACAUGGACCCAUGCCUGGUGGCAUGCUGCUGGGCAGGACAUAUUGUCUAGUUGCAAUAGUACGUUUCUUCCCACAGGCAGGUGUGCCUGCCGUCUGCUAGCUCUUGGCUAUGACAAAAGUUCGGCUGUAACUCGGAUGUUGUCGUGUCCCUCAGUUCAUGUGUUUUCAGUUGACCUGAGCUGAUGCUAUGGGACAGUAUAGUGUUGCCUAGCAGCGGUGGCACGGGAGAUGGUGUAUAAGCACAUCACUUCUUUUUCUUUAUUGAGGCUGUGGCAUCGGGGGAAAAAAAAAAGAAGCUUUUUUAAAGGAAAUUAGUGUGUGAUUUCUUCCUUGAGUCUCACGCUGAUGUGAUAGGAGUAGUUGGGCUGGUUUCCAGUGCCAGGACCUGCAUGCAGCCUGGGCAGCUCUCAGUACCAGAGCAUGAUACUGCUGCAGAGGUGGAAUGACCGACUGCAAUAACUUUGUUUACUGGGGGGGUAAGGGGGGAACAAUCACUGUGCUCCUCUUUAUAUUUCAACCUACUGUAAAGAAACAAAUGGUAGCUAGGACAGGAUUUAUGGGGUCCUGCCUGUCAAACAUGUGUUGCCCUAUUCUACUCUGUGUGUAUGUAUGUGUGUGUGUGUGCAUUAUGUGUGAGAGAAACACUUCUGCUCAUUGCAUUUCAUGUUGGUUUGUGUUUUGUUCUAACUUUAUACAAGUGAAUUCAUCAGGAAACUGUAUGCCUGAGGGCUUGCGUCUCCGCAGGGCUUCUCCCCUGUGGAAAGCUGCCAUUGCUCUGAAAUGCCUCUAUAACAUGCAAGGAAACAUCCCGGCUCCUCAGCCUUGUCCUCCUGGAGUCCAGCUGUGUGCCUGGGGAAUGGCUGUGGCAUUUCCCUGACUUGGAGGCAAGGGCUGGCAUGUGAGUUUGGUGGUGCCUCUUCAGUCAGGGUGUUGUGCCUCUGUUGUUUCUCCUUUGUUGUGUGGAGCCACUUUGUGCAGCUGUUUCUGUCCCUGACUAGAGGAGAAACAGGUUUCUGUCUCUAAGGAAAAGGAAUGUCAAAGCAUGCAUGUGGCUCAGGCCAUUUUGGGCCUUCCACGCUCCCAGCUGCUGACUUGAUGCUUUGGGUGGCUGUUUUUAACUAAGUGCUGCAGUUUUCAUCCAGUUCAGUUGCUACCGUUUACAUCUCAGCAGUAACUGCAGAGCCCUACUUAAUUACCUGUGAGUUUGGGAAGAGUCACUGUCUCUUUGGCUGUGCUUUGCUGCUUUAAUUAGCACAUGCUAGUGGCUUUAUCUUGCAGGGAGGGCAGGGGUAGGUGGCUGAGAGGUUUCUGUGGCUGGAAGAGAUGUGCCAGUUUGCUUUCCAUCAUCAAACACAGCUGAGAACCCCACUGCUCCAUGCUUAACCUGCAUUUGCAGCACAGGCCCCAUUGUGUUUCUCACCAGCGGUGUGUUGGAGAAAGCACUGGAGAGCUGCUGUGGAGGGUACUGCAGCUGGCACCUCCGUGUUUAGGAAAAGCCUGGCAAGAGGUAGCAGGGCUGGUGGCCUUCUCUUGAUGCUUGGUGUGCCAAGGAAUUAGGAAGGCUGAAAUAAGGGCAGUCCCACUGUGCAGCAGUAAAGGGUUAGGUGCCCUGGAGCUUUCCUGAAGCUAUGUUAGAUGCAGUGCCUGUAUCCCCUUCGUUCAGGGAGUCUUGAUGUCAGCAGAUAGCUUUGUGGUGGCAUUUUAGUGUGGCACUCCCUCUGGGCCUAUCUGGCAGGGAGAAGGCCAGGAAUGAGCAGCAGCAUCUCCUGGAGACUUUCUGGAGCCUGUUCAGUGGGGUUCUCAUAGGAGAUGCUUCUGCAGGGUCACUUGGCUGCUUUGGGACAGACUGGGGGAGAUGGGAACAUGUGAGCUUGGAAAGCAACAGGUAACUAGUUUCCUUAAGGAAAAGCACUGGAAUGGGGUUACAUCCAGUCAGCUGCUGCUUUGUGCCUUGGCCAGGGUGUUGCAGAGCAUUGUCUGUAUGUAGACGUGGGGAAGCACCUUAUAAGCAUUGGUACAGGGGCUGCGUGCUGCCAGCCUUGUCAAGGCUGCAGUGUACAAGGGGACAUUACCACUUUGUAGAUUCCCGAGUUGUCCAUCUGUUUCAUUGUUGUAUUGUUUGGGUUCUAGGUUGUUGGGUUUGGGGUUUGGCUUUUUUUUUUUUCCAUGAAGACUGAUUAAAUGUAAAUAGCCUUUGGUUUUUUGUUGUUUUUUUUUUCUUGGAACAAACUGCAACGUGCUCGACCUCGUCAACUAUUUUAUGGUACUAAUGCAACACUAAUAAAACUGGACGUGAAAGCACA